CUGUUUCCCGGCAGUCUUUGCGGUCCGGUGUGAGCAAGAUGGCGGCGGCUGGCGGACUGCGGCUACGAUGUCUGCUCUAGAUCUGCAACAACGCAUUGGUACUGCGUUCUAGCGGCGGACCGCCUGCGAUGCCAGCAGGCGACUUGGACCACAGCUGCAGACUAGCGGACUGCGGGUUUAUUCCUGGAUUCUAUUUUCGAGUAUGGUGACCAUCCUCCAGGACCCACUGACUGACUUGUGCUUCCCUAGUUUUCCUGGCCCAUGGACUUGACUCCAGCCUCAGGCUUCAAACGGAGGCCUGCUGCCUCCUCUUCUCCAAGUGGUGUUGGAGAGACUACCAGGAGCCGUCCUCCCUGCUCGCCUUCUUUCUCCCCGUCAUCGCCAUCGUCUGAUCCGUCCUCGCCCGUGUCCACAUCCUCCUCUCGCUGCGGCAACUCGUCACUUCAUCAGAACCAUGUAAAAGGUCGGAGCCGGGGGUCGGAGGUGGCCAGGGUGUCCUCCACUUCUGCCUCUGCAGCAACGCAGUCUCUCUCCAUACUUUCAUCCAACACCACCUCCUCCGAACUCUUCCCCCACAGUUCAGUUCAGCUACGGCUUGAUUGUGAAGAAGCAGGCCUGAAAAGGGAGAUGUAUGAUCCUUUCCACCCAACUGAGGGAGUGAAGGAGGAGGACGGAGAUGGCGAGAAAUACGACCCCUUUGACCCCACAGGUUCCCCAGCAUCAGAAGACGAUGAUGACAAUAGAAGGGGCAAAGUGAGGGGGGUGAAGAGAAAUGCUGCAAGUGAUGAGGAAAAAGACGAAGAACCUCCAGAUUCCACUCACGCCGCAAGUGACCAGAACAGCCCCCGCCGGUCUACCCAGCGCCCCCUGAGACGGAGAGUGGAAUGUAGCUCUGCCAAAGGCGGGAAGCAGAGGUUUGCUGACUCCGAUCACUCUGAGAUCGAGGAGGGGGAGAUAGUCGGGCUAGUCGACAGAGAUGGAGGCAACCGGAGAUCAGCUGGAGAGAUCCCCACCGUGCAUUCUCCCAGCGUUUCCUUCUUUGGGUCAAAGCCAGAACGCAUCCUCCGGGUGCUGGACGGGGACGGCUUUGUGUCCGUCCGCACAGAGAGCAACUGGGAGGUGGACAUGGAGCCUGAGGAUGAGCCCGUGGUAGGAGUGGAGGAUCUGAGAAGGAAGUUGGUCAGCAGGCGGAAGGAAAGGUAUCUCUCCUUUCCUGCUUCCUCUCCCCUCUCUCCUCAGCCACCGCCUCCCUCCCAUCCUCCAGCUUCUGCGCCCUCCUCCCCGCUCACACCUCAGAUAGAAAAGGUCACCAAGAACCGCAAGUCCUCCAAGAGUUCCAAGGACGCCAACCGACAGAAAAGCAAGGAUAGGAAGGCUGGGGAGAAGGAAGAAAGAAGAAAGAAGAGUAGGAAAGACAAAGAGGGAGAUAGGGAGAGGAGCAAAGAACAGGAGCGAGGGCACAAGAGCAGAAAGGAAGCUAAAGGAAGGAGGAGCAGCAGGAGCAGUAGCCGGAAGAGGAAGAAAAGACAGCACAGCAGUCCAGAGGGCCCACGGUCCUGCAACUCUUCAGGAAGAGGGGGCCAGACCAGACCGCCUUUCUCAAGCCCAUCUGAAGAGAGACAUAAAGAGAAGGAGCGGGAGAAAGACCGAAGCAGAGACAGGGGAAGAGAGAAAGACAGGGAUAGAGACAGGGCGCCAAGUCGGACGAGUAGCCAUAGAAGAGACGAAAGAGAGCGAGAUUCCAGCUCCAGAAAGGAUGACCUGGGGAAGAAGGGAAGACAACAUUCAAGCAGCAGAGAGCGAGGCAUUUCAAAGAGGUCCAAAAGAAGCAAGGACACGAGGGACGGCGACCGAGACCGGCAGCGUGACCGGGAACGGCGUCGGGACGGCCGUCCUGUUGUCCCGCCAUCCAUCCAAGACCUCAAUGGCUCUGAUCUAUUUGCCAUUAAGAGAACUAUCACAGUCACCACGACCACCACCACCACCACCGUACCCGGCUCCCCGAGACUCGCCCCCCCCUCGCCGUGUCGACCUUCACAGGACUCUGAAAAGCCCCACAAGAGGAAGAAGAAGAGGAAAUGGCACUCAGCCGGAGAGAUGGACGACCGUGGAAGUUGUCACAGCCAAUCGCAGUCAAUCUCCCCACCAAGGUAUCACAGCUACGAGUCGGACCGCUAUUCGGACAAAUUGGAGAUAGACGUGUUGUCUUUGGAUGGUGAGGCUUUAGACUCAGACUACCCAUCUCUUGAGGAUACACCCCCUGCUGCCCUGCCACCAGAACCACCGGUCCCCAGUCCUAAACCUAAAGCUGUCCCCAAGACUGGAAGACGUCACCCGAAAAAGAAAUCUCACGCAUUGAAGAAAAUGGACCAGUCCUCGUCUUCCUCUAAAGGCCAAUGUCUCUCCUCACUGACAGUCACCUCAGGCUCGGCUACUGCCUCCUCGGGCCUCCCUUCAGCAAAGCGAGCCAGAAAGAUGGGAAAGGACAAAGACCGGGACAAAGGAAGCAGGAAGGAUUUGGGCCACUCCGCCAAACACAAGAGAGAGAGCGGCGGCGGUCGGAAAGGCAAGCUUCAGUCGAAGGUGUCCGUGCUGGUGCGUGAGGGCGUGAGCAGCACCACAGGGACCUCCGUCGGACCUGGAAAGCUGGGCAUGGACCUAUUGGGGCCAGGAGGUGCCGUGGGGGGUACCGGGGGCUCUGUGGUGGGUGGCUCGAUUGCAGUGGUGUUCUGCAGGGACAAUGAGAGCAGGUCUCCGUUCCUCAAACCCUGCUCAGAGCCGCUGUCACUGGGCAACCGCACUAAAGACCUGGCCAGUAUGGGGAAGCGAAGCAGCCUUGCUGCGCCCCCCUCCGCCCUAACCAGUCCUGCAGGACUGAAACCCCCAAAAACCAAACCAAGCUCCAUUACAUCCACCUCCUCCUCUGCCUCCUCCCCCUCUUCAUCUCUGGCAACCAAGCGCCGCCGCCGCCUGGCCAAGAAGACGAGGGAAAAGGGAGGAGCUGUGGUGCGGGCGGUUGGAGCAGAUGACCCAACGAAAGCCCAGUCUGAGGGCUGGGGGGGGGCGUCUUCAGAGGUUCAGUCUGCCACCGGAGAUGGCAGCAAGUCAGUCAGUCCUCAUACUAGUCAAGCCGGCCCUGCACCCUGUUGUUCCUCCUCUUCCUCCUCCUCCUCUACAAGUGUGCUCCCACCUUCCUCUUCGCCCCCCCAUACACCUCCACCCUCCAUUGUGCCUUUGCGUGACACCAGGGAGUCUUCUCCAGACUCUCAGACUGUGGACAGCAGCUGUAAGACUCCAGACCCUCCUUUCUUAGCUGAGGACUGUCCAACCCAGACCAGCCCCACACCGCUGCCACCCAGUCCGUCCAGCCUGUCCGCCCCCCAGGGAGCUGUCCUCAGCAGUGCCUUGUCCACAGCCACUGCUAAGCCGCCUCCUCCAGAUGAUGCGCCCAAAUCCCUGCCCUCACCUCCAUGCUCGUCCUCUUCGGCAGGCUGUGGUUUCACUUCCCUUUCUUUGCCUCCGUCUUCGUCCGACCCCUCCUCCUCCUCCUCUGUGUCCUCCUCGUCUGCUAGUAAGCCUCCUCCUCAUCCUCCUCCCCCUCUAGCAGCGGCUGGCCUGCCCUGGAGUCUGCAGACCGGGGUGGACUGCACAACUGGAGGAGUCCUAGCGUUGACGGCGCUGCUCUUCAAGAUGGAGGAGGCCAACAUCGCCAGCAGAGCGAAAGCACAAGAGUUCAUUCAAGCAACGAGCCAGAUCCUCUCACAGGCCAAUCAGAGCCAGUCUCAGCAGUUGGCUCCUCCUUCCUCUGCCUCCUCCUCACAGAUCCCUCCCCCUCCCUCUCUCCCUGCGCCUCCUGCUCUGAGCCCAGCGCAGUUCAUCCUCCACAGCUCCCUUCCAUUGGUUGGCUGCACCAAGACCCCACCCUCUCUCCUGCACCACCCCACAGGUGGUGGCUGUGCCCAGACUCCACCCUCCAUCAUGCCCACGGAGCUGUCGGGAGUUACUGGGAGCUCCAGUGACACUGGAUGGGACAAUGAGAGUAAAGACCCUGACAAGUACCUAAAGAAGCUGCACACCCAGGAGCGGGCGGUGGAGGAGGUGAAGCUCGCCAUCAAACCGUACUAUCAGCGCAAAGACAUCAACAAGGACGAUUACAAAGACAUCCUCAGGAAGGCAGUGCACAAGAUCUGCCACAGCCGCACUGGAGAAAUCAACCCGGUGAAAGUCAGCAACCUGGUGAAGCUCUACGUGCAGCGCUACAAAUACUUCCGGAAACACGGCCGCCGAAUGGAUGAGGAGGACCGCGAGGACCGGGAGCUGCAUUCCUCCGCCUGACGGGAUGUUUUAUUAAAUGUCCUCAAGCAGCCUUCUGCUCACGUUGUGGGAAAUCCUCUGAUUGUUUUUAUCUUUAAUGUUUUAGCCGACGUUGUCCAUACUUUGACGUGUUCUCAUCUCCAUGAUGUCACUGUAAAUGUCUCCCAUAGAAGAUGGGAUCACGUAUGCUCGGACAGGAAGAGGAUGCUGCGUGAUCAUCUACGGUCCAGCUCACCAACCCGCCACGAACGCUGCGCUUUGUUGACGGCCCAUAAGAAGCUCGGCCGUGAAUUAGCUCCUUGAAUCGUGCUACUUCAUCUCCCCCGUCACAAUGUGUGUGGAGGCCGAGCGACGGGUUAGAUGUGACUCGUGUUGUACCACAGUGUAAGAACACUACAUCGCUGUAUGAUGCUUCAAACACUUUGGUUCUGUUGUGUGUGCAUGUGAGGUCGAAAGAGUUGUUAAAUCUCGUUAUAAAAUGACAUGCCCAACAAAAUAUAAAUGUUGCCUGAAAACCAUUUUUCAAUAUUCA